GCACGGUGGCGCUGUUGGAGGAGAUGGUGCAACUUGCGUCCUGGGUGCCCCACCCACUCUCUGGCGCCGUCAGCCUACGCUUCUUUCUCCAAGGGCACGAGUUCAUUGUGCGGCCAUCGCCCCACGAAGGACUGCCGCUGAUUGAUACGCACAUCACGCCGUACUUCCAGUUCUUUUCGCCACAGGACCUGCUCAUGGUGGUGCUCUCUCUCGCGUUUGACAAAACCGUCAUCGUCUUCAGCAGCGAUGUCGCUGAAAUCGCCCCAUUCUGCCAGGCCCUGCUUGGCCUGCUGUACCCGCUGGAGUUUCUGCACACGUACGUCCCCAUUGUGCCUGACGCAGACUGGGUGCAGUCGCCCACGCCAAUGCUUGCAGGCAUGCACGCGUCCAUGCAGCGCGACGCCCUGCGUGGAUUUGAGGAGCCUGGCAGCUUGCAACCCGUGUUUGUCAACAUGGACACAGGGAUCAUCACCCUCCCCGACACAGAGGACCUGCCCAAGUGCCCAUCACACAUUGUGCACCAGUUUGUCGCCGCUAUCAACCAAGUCAAGAAACCGUUUGCCAUCAGCGUGCUGGGUCGUCCGCUUGUUGAUCCCCUCCACCACAAGGAGGCCCAGCUCGACUUUGAGGCAAAGGCAGAUGUUCUGGUCAGGGAGGCCUUUCUUCGCACCAUGGUUUCGCUUUUGAAACGCGUCAAAGAGUGCAUUUCGUUUGAUCUCACGCCGCCUCUUCUGCACACGGAGGCCUUUCUAGCUCUUCAACCUGAAGAGUCUCUUCAGUUCUUCCAAGCUCUUAUCACCUCCUCCGCCUUCAACGCGUUUGUGUGUAGUCGCACAAGGCAUCGUCGCGAUCUGUUUGAUGUGCUGUGCAGCGCUGUGGAGAAGAAAGUGCGCACAGGCCGCCCCCACUUCUUCACCAUUGCACUCGACCCGGAAGCGCUCGCGCUGACAGGUGCACACGUCAACCCGUCGGUGAACGUGUCGCAGCUGCUACACAACACCUCCGUGCCCUCGGGACUGGUGUGCAGCACGCCCGCAUCCGCGCACGCAAAUGGCGGCGCUCAUCACAGCAACAGCACUGGCGCCCGAGACGUGUUCCCGUCAUCACCAGUGCAGCCGUCGACAUGUGCAAGUGCAUACACAACACCGCGCACCCACCGCUCACAGCCCGGCCAACAACACCAACACCAACAACAGCAGCAGCAGCAGGAAGGGCCAGCGUCUUCACACCGCCGCCUCUCUGGACAGAGCUCAACGGGGACAUAUGGACUCUCGUCGUCGCUGUGUGAGGAGGGGACAACAGCCACGCCGACUGCCAGCAACACGAGUGCACAUCCAAGUGGUGAUGUCCCUGCUGACUCACAUCAUACAGACUUUCACCUUGGGAGUGAACCGCCGUCACCGCUCCCAACUGCGGAAAAGAGCAAGAUGUUCACACCGCAGACCCACGCGAAGCAAAAGCAGCGGCUCCGUUCUCUUCCUGGCUCUCCGCUCUCGCGCGAACCGUCAGCCACCGCCCCAUUUCAGGACUACUGCAAGCACAUGCUGGCCAUCUUGGACGAGGCCAUCGCAGCGGAAGAGCAAGGGUCUGACGACACGGGCGAGCUGACGUCUGUAUCGAAGAGUCUGUUCUAUCUCCGUGCAGUCUACAAGCUCGGCCUGGGAAAGACCAUCCCUGCGUUUCAGGACCUGGACAAGUUGCGCGAGGACGGGAUUAGUUUCCCGACUAAACGCGUUGCCGCUAUCAUUUCGGGCCUGUCCGAGGUGGAGCAGAUGGUCCUUCGUGAGUCCUCCCUUGUCAAACGCAGUCCAAUGUGGCAGGAAAUCUUCAAGAUGUUGGCAGUGGCAACCCAAGCCGACCUUCCGCUCAACAUGCUGCCAGACGAGCACAACACGCAGAUUCGCUCCUUCCGGGAACUGCAGAAAGCGUGCACGGGGCCAAUGGACCGCAGGACGUUUUCGCGUUGGACGUCCACGUAUGUUUCAUGCACGGUUGCAAAGGCUGAGCAGGCAUUCACCGCACUUUCCUCCUUCCACGACAACGUCAGCAUCCCAGCGGCGGUGUGUCAAGCGUUCUUCCAGGAGCUGCGCGACGACAGCGCACAACUUCCGCUCUCCGUCCAGAAGCUGCUGAAGCUUGAUCACGGCGAGAGUGUGCUCAAGUGUCAGGCCGGCGUGCGCGCGAGGGAAGUGCGAGAGCUUGGGCGCCUCAUUCUCACACACAAACGCGUGUUUCUCGCCCGCAGCGAUUCAUCCUGUCGGGAACUGCUGUCACUGGCGGAGGUGCGCACAGUGGAGAGAACGAAAUACCGCGCAACGCGCCUCUCAUCGCAUAUGGACGCCCUCCAAAUUGUCGACAGAAACAACUGCAAAACGACACUUGUGUUCUUCAGUCUGCGGGACAAGUGGUUCCACUUCAUCACCGAGCUCGUCAGCGCACACAAGGUCACGCAGACGCGCGGAUCGCAGCUGCUCUCGGAAGCAAAACUCAACAUCCUUCUUGUCGACGCAAUUCACAAAGUUACGACCUCAACAACACCGCCGUCGCGUGACAGCGAAGAUGACGUCAUUGCCAAUCGCCACGUGCGUGCGCUGUUCACGAACCAGGUGCUACACAACGCGCCGGCGAAGCAACAGCUCUCGCGCAGACGCGAGCGCGGCGGUGUCGACCUCAGUCCGGGCAUGGAGAAGAAGCGAACGGUUGAGCGAAUCAUCCAUGUGUUUUCACCGGACUCUGGCGACCAGCUCUGGUGCGGUCUUGGUGACGGCACCAUCCAACUUGUUGUCCUACCGACGUUCAUCCUCGAUGACACAUGCAUCCAGGCGCACACCAAACGCAUCACCGCCCUCAUGAAGUGCCGCAACGCCGUCUGGUCCAGCGGUUUCGACUUUGAAUCAUGCGUGAUUGACAUUCGAACGUAUCGCAUUCUGGAGAAGCUGACAAUGCCGUUUAAACAACCCAUCACCAAGUUCACAAUGGCGGACAAUUGCGUGUGGGGCUGUGGGCUGGACGGGUUUCUGUUCUGCUGGAAUCCGCACACGCGUGAUCUCAUUCACACGCUCAACCUCAACGACAUUACCAGCCAGCGCGUCACCUGCUUCUGCGUGCAGAAGUUUGCAGACGCGUUCUGGGUUGGGUGUGGCGAUCGCAUCCUGAUCCUCGCAGACUCACAGCAACAGAAGCAGCAGCAGCAAGAGCAAGAACGGCAGCGAUCGUCAGUGUCAUCGUCAGUGUCGUCUGCUGCGCUGUCACCAUCACCUGGGGACGCUGGCCGCGCACGAAGUCGCUUGUCGCGGACUGCGGGCCUGGCGAAAUGCAAUUUGAAGGACCGCCUCGCAACACUCGCUCAGGAGCCUGACGACUAUGACGACGCCGACAACGACGACAACGACGACAACGACACCACCAUCAGCGGUGGCCAGGGCGAUGGUGAUCACGAUGAGCACCGCGAAGCUGGUGCCAUGGGAGAUGACAGCAGCGCGACUGGCGGCGGGUCUGUUGCUCGCGCGUCGUCAUUGUCGUCGACGCUGGCACCUCCACGUCAUCGGUUGCGAUCAGCCAGCAUCAUCCACCAAGAUGACGACGACGACGACGACAAUUAUGAUAACGAUGAUGCCUUGUCUCGCACGUCCUCUGUCGCCAUCAUGCCAGACACAAACCGCAAGCUGAGGUCGACCAUCACCACCGCCGCUGCGAAUGGAUUCACGCGUGGGAACGACAAGGACAUCUGGUGCUUCUCGCAGCAGCAAGGCAUCAUUGAGAUCCGCAACAUGGACACGCUGUCGCGCGCGGCAUAUGGGGGGUCGUUCACGGUGUCGUGCGGCGGCUUCACGAGCAUCGUGCGCACACAGCCGUGCAUGUGGGCAGCAGGCAACAACGGGUCCAUCUAUGCGCUUGAUCCCGUCACGCACGCGUGCAUGAUGGAGUAUUCUGCACACACGGACCGCGUGCGUUGCUUGUGUGUUCUCGACGACGCCGAGGACGCAGCCAGCAUCGUCAGCGGCAGCGCCUCUGGCGACGGCACGCUGAGUGUCUGGCGGCACUCUCGUAACCGCGCAGCAACACGACGUCAGACCAAGUAGCCGCUGAUAGCAGCACCAACAAGCAACACUCGUGGUUGUAUCAUGGCAUGCCACGUCUGCACGUAGGUAGUUGCUUUCCACCGUUCAUCGGCGCUUAUGCAGACGCUUCAUGUUCUUUCUUCCUGCUGCUCUUGGUUUUGUUGUUCUUUGCUGUUUGUUGCGGUGUCAUCGCUUUGAGUGUGUGGGUGUCACAUUAAGUGAAAUGUUACGACACACAAUACCCACUCCUGUUCUCCCCUGCCCCUUGGUUUGGCGUGGCAUGGUUUGAGCUGGUGCCUUUUUGUAGCUUUCUUGGCUGGUAACUGCUCAUUAGAAGUGCGUUGAAACGACA